AUCCACGCCGCUGGAGCUUCGUACCUGUAUCCAUUGGUAUCCAUUGGUAUUCAUGGUAUUCAUGGGUAAGUACGAGUAGUAGUACUCCGUAAAUACGCUGUCAACUUCCAUCUCACCACCGCUUCUUGUCGUCCCUUUUUUUCCUUUUUCCUCUCCCCCUCCUCCCCCUUCAACCUUCAUUCUUCUCUAGUACUUGUUUUUUCCCGCCGACGUCGCUGAGAAAUUCUUCUUCUUCUCUAUACUCCUUAAUCACAAUUUGAGGCGUCCUACUCUUCCCCCUCAUCCCUACUUCUACCACCCGUCUCUCUUCUACACAACCCAUAUAACAUUUACUUUCUUUCCCCUCCUCAUCCACCUCCUCCUCCACCACUACACCACUACCUCCCCCUCCUCCGCUUCCUCCUACAUAUCCACCAUGUCCGCCAAAUCAAUUCUCGAAGCUGAUGGCAAGGCCAUCCUGAACUACCACCUCACUCGUGCUCCCGUCAUCAAGCCAACUCCUCUGCCUCCUUCCAUCACCCACAACCCUCCCUCCAGACUCGCCUCUCUGUACUUCCCCGAUGAUAUCGCUGUCAAGGAUGUUCUUGACCAGGCUGAGGUCACAUACCCAUGGCUGUUGGUCCCUGGUUCCAAGUUCGUCGCUAAGCCAGAUCAAUUGAUCAAGCGACGAGGCAAGAGCGGUCUCCUCGCUCUGAAUAAGACCUGGGCUGAGGCCAGGGAAUGGAUCGAGGCUCGUGCUACUAAGGAAGUCCUGGUUGAGACCGUGACCGGUGUCCUCCGCCAGUUCCUCGUCGAGCCUUUCGUUCCCCACCCCCAGGAGACUGAGUACUACAUUAACAUCCACUCCGUGCGUGAGGGCGACUGGAUCCUCUUCACCCACGAGGGUGGUGUUGACGUCGGUGAUGUUGACGCCAAGGCUGAGAAGAUGCUCAUCCCUGUCAACCUGAAGAACUACCCCUCCAACGAGGAGAUUGGUGCCACCCUGCUGAGCAAGGUGCCCAAGGGUAUUCACAACGUCCUCGUGGACUUCAUCUCCCGCCUCUAUGCCGUCUAUGUCGACUGCCAGUUCACCUACCUCGAAAUCAACCCCCUCGUGGUCAUCCCCAACGAGGAUGCUACCUCUGCUGCCGUGCACUUUCUCGACUUGGCUGCUAAGCUCGACCAAACUGCCGAGUUCGAGUGCGGCACCAAGUGGGCAAUUGCCCGCAGCCCCGCCAACUUGGGUCUGGCCGCCCUCCCCAAGUCCGAUAAGGUCAACAUUGACGCUGGCCCCCCUAUGGAGUUCCCUGCUCCUUUUGGCCGUGAAUUGAGCAAGGAGGAGAAGUUCAUCUCCGAUAUGGAUGCCAAGACCGGUGCCUCGCUGAAGCUUACCGUCCUGAAUGCCAAUGGCCGUGUCUGGACCCUCGUUGCCGGUGGUGGUGCCUCCGUCGUGUACGCUGAUGCCAUUGCCUCUGCCGGUUUCGUCAGUGAGCUCGCCAACUACGGUGAGUACUCCGGUGCCCCCACCGAGACUCAGACCUACAACUAUGCCCGCACGGUCCUCGACCUGAUGCUGCGCUCCCCUAUCCACCCUGACGGCAAGGUCCUCUUCAUUGGUGGUGGUAUUGCCAACUUCACCAACGUCGCCUCCACCUUCAAGGGUGUCAUUCGUGCCCUGCGCGAGGUUGCCCCCGUUCUCAACGAACACAAGGUCCAGAUCUGGGUCCGUCGUGCUGGUCCCAACUACCAGGAGGGUCUUAAGAACAUCAAGGCUGUUGGCGAGGAGCUUGGCCUUAACAUGCACGUCUACGGUCCCGAGAUGCACGUCAGCGGUAUCGUGCCCCUUGCUCUACUAGGCAAGAAGACCGAUGUCAAGGAGUUUGGCACUGCGUAAAAAAAAAAAAAAAAAAAAAAAAGAGGGCCUUUCUUU